AGCGGUCAUUUCUAGCCAGGGAUUAUAGAACGGCAAGGAAACCACUUUGCCCAAAUCCAAGAUGUCUUGGACAAAAAAAGGACAAUUCAGGGUCACAUGACUGGACUACAUGGACGGAUUGUGCCGAACGCGAAGUUCCUGGCCGUGCUGUCUUGGCCUCUUCUGCGCGCCGUAGCGUGACGUGUAUGUGACUCUUCAGCACCACAGACAUGUCUGCCGACUGGGAAGAGAUCCGGCGGCUUGCGGCCGACUUCCAGAGAGCCCAGCUCAGCGAUAGCGUGCAGAGGUUAUCGGAGCGUAACUGCAUUGAGAUAGUUUCCAAGCUCAUUACUGAGAGACAGUUGGAUGUAGUGCACACUCUUGAUGGGAAAGAGUACAUUACACCGUCACAAAUCUCCAAGGAGAUCAGGGAUGAGCUUCAUGUCCAUGGAGGGAGGGUGAAUAUAGUUGACCUUCAACAGAUUGUCAAUGUCGACCUGACUCACAUUGAAAGUAGAGCCAAUGAACUGGUGAGAGUGGAUAAGAGUGUUCAGCUGGUGCUUGGACAGCUUGUGGAUAACAACUAUCUGGACCAGAUUGCUGAAGAAGUUAAUGAUAAAUUGCAGGAAGCCGGCCAAGUGACUAUAUCAGAACUGUGCAAGACAUACGACCUUCCUGGAGACUUCCUGACAGAGUCAUUGGCACUAAGACUUGGAAGCAUUAUUCAUGGGGAGAUUGAUCAGAACAACAAGGGUGUCAUUUAUACUGAGGCGUUUGUAGCCCGCCAUAGGGCACGCAUCCGAGGACUUUUCACAGCAAUUACGAGACCCAUACCAGUAAUUGGUUUGAUUUCUCAGUAUGGUUUUCCUGAGCAUCUUCUGUACUCACUGUUGGAGGAACUUGUUAACCGUGGACGUUUAAAGGGCACAGUGGUCGGCGGAAGACAGGAUAAGGCUGUGUUUAUUCCUGACAUCUACGCCAGAACACAGAGCAACUGGAUAGACGCCUUUCUCAAGCAAAACGGUUACCUAGAAUAUGAUUCCUUAUCAAGGCUGGGGAUCCCAGACCCAAUCGGAUAUAUCAGAAAAAAAUACAAGUCUGCCCCAUUGAUUUAUUUGAAGUCUGUUUGUGUUGGUCAGAGUAUAGUGGAUCAAGUGGAAGCUUCAGUUGAAGAAGCUAUAAGCUCAGGAUCAUGGCUGGAUAUUGAGCCUCUGUUGCCGAGCUGUUUUUCUGUGGAAGAUGCCUCCAUCUUGCUUCAGCAAGUUAUGAGAACAUUAAAUAAAAAUUCUUCUGCUCGAAUCUUUGGAGACAACGUUGUCGUCAGUGAAAAGUUUAUAAAUGAAUGCACCGAUAUUUUUAAUGAUCUCAUGCAACACAAAGCUGAGAAGGAAAUGAAGCACAACCCUGUAUUUCUGGUAACAGAAGAAGAUCUUAAGCAAGCCUCUUUAUUGGAAAACGCACUAGGCAGGAAGGAGAAAAAGGAUGAGAGGAAGAAGAAGGCCACAGAAGGCAGCGGAAGCACCAGAGGAGGCGGUGGCAGCAGCAAUGCCAGAGAGAUAAAGAUAAAAAAGACAAAGAAAAAAUCAAGGAAAGAUGAAGACAGCGACGAUGAGUCACAGACUGCUAGCACGAAUAAACCAAGGGUACGAGAGGUCCCAUUUAUGUCCCUGGAAGAAAUUCAAGAUGUUUUAAGAAAACACGAUCCAGAUGCUCCAGAUGAACUGGUUAUUGAGCUCUCUGAAAACUUAAUCAGACCCCUUACUAAAAAUUACCAAGAGGUGGUGCGGUCUGUUUUCAUGUCGUCCACAUCAUCCUCAUCCGGAGCCAGCAGGAAGCAGACUAUGAAAGACUUCCAAGAAGAAGUGUCUGCCCUUUAUAACAAUAUUCGGCUGUUUGAAAAGGGGAUAAAAAGUUUUACAGAUGAAACUCAAAGUAAUCUUGCCAAGCAUUUGCUGAAGACCGUGUGUACAGAUAUUACCAAUCUCAUCUUCAAUUUCCUGGCUGGCGAUAUAAUGAUGGCAGUGGAAGACUAUUCAGCAAUUACCAGUGAGGUAAGGAAAAAGAUGUUGAAUAAGUUCCAGGAGGAAGCAAAAGCCCCUCUGUCAAAGCUGAUCAGUUCAUUGGCUGGGAAGAGUAUCGAAGAAUUUCUUUCUUGCCUGGAUGCAGCAGCCGAUGCAUGUAGCAUUUUAGUUAAAAAAGGUGAUAAGAAGAAAGAGAGGCAAGUUUUGUUUCAGCACAGGCAAGCCCUUAUAGAGCAGCUUAAAGUCACAGAAGAUGCAGCGCUGGUUCUGCAUCUGACGUCCGUUCUAUUGUUUCAGUUGACUACACAUUGUAUGCUUCAUGCACCAGGAAGAUGUGUCCCACAGAUAAUUUCAUUCCUAAGCACAAAGAUCCCUGAGGAACAGUACAGCUUGUUGGUUAAGUACCAAAGCCUUGUGGUGAAACAGUUAAUAGGUCAGACAAAGCAGAAGGAUGGUGAUGAUGUAGACAUGACUGGAGAUGUAGCGGAUGAAUCUGGAAAAGCUUCAGAUAGUAUUAGAAAAGAACUUCAAGACCUGUCUGCUGCAAUCAAAGAUCUUGUUCUUCGACCCAGAAAGUCCUCAGCAUCAGAAGAGUAACCAGACUGAUUGAAUCAUUUUUAGACCUAAAAGCUUUAUUUCUGCUAAGCUCCAAUGAACACUUAUCAGAUUGUUUUAAUGACAGCAAAUGGGAAUCUAAAGAAAUAAAUGCUAUGUUGGGGAAAAAUCUACCUGUAAUUAAAUACAACAAUAAGAAUAUAUGCCACCCUCUUUGCAGAGCGGGUCUGUGCAGUUUUGUAUGUCCAACGAAACAUUACAAAAUCGUUUUAACAGAUGCUCCAGCAAGAAAUUAACCCCUUAAUAGUUUUGCCAGUACUGUGCUUGGGCUUUGAGAAAUGAUACUAACAGUUCCUCAGAGCUCAGGCAGUAGGGGUGGGUGGUGGGGGGAGCUAAUUUAACCAGCAGGUUUCAGCUUUUUUCAAUCCUGAUCCGAAUUUUAACAGCUAUACUUCCUAAUUUAUAGAGGAUAAUGCUGCCCUUCUGGUUUUGUCUCUUUAAGCCUAGUCUGUCAGCUUUCAAACAAUAUGUAUAUGACGCAAUAUAAUUUUCUUUGGUGGUAGACAAUUUUAUAUGCUAGUGCAGUCUGCUGUGCAGGAAGCUGGCCAAAUAGUGGCUUAAAGUAUUCUGUGGAGUGAGCCUUAUAGAUACGUUUGAUGUAUAUCUUGCAAUCUUUUCAUGGCGUAUACACCAAACAGUGCUCAGAUGCAGUGUGCACAGAGCCUUAUACUGGAAUCAACCCUGGAACACAUACAAUAGGUAUACUGUAUGCUAAAUAAUCCUCAGCACUGUUUGGCAACCUGUGGCUCUAAAGCUAUUGCAAAACUACAAUUAGCAUGUUUUGCAACAGGUGGAGACCCUUGACUUCAGCAGGCUCGGAUUUGGAGGUUUGUAACAGUCGGAGAGUCACAGGUUGGUUAAUACUUCUUUCUCUACAACAUAUAGUUUGAAAGAAGCACAUACUGACACUGACGAGUUUGAAGGAACUGCCCGACAGUAGUAUUAAUUAGUACUGCUAUAUACUUAUCUGGAAAAUUCUAGCCAAUGCUACCCAAAGUUGAGUUUAAAAUUUGAAUAAUUUUGUAUAAUUUGUCAGUUUGAAAUGACACUUAAUCCAAAAGGUUAAUUUCAAACUAGGGCUUUCUAGGAUCUCUCUGCAUUCCGGCACUACAUACCAUGCAGCAGUUUUCGUCUGGCCAAUUCUCGGCAUACUUGACACGUUUCGGCCGGAUCUCGGCCGGUCUCAAUUAUAUUUAAUGGGCCCAGCGGGUAUCGGGUAGCAUCUGGCAACGUCUGAUCCAGACAUUCCCGGCAUGCUGCUCCCUACCGGUACAGCCUGCCGAAGAUGUCUAAUGCUAAAGUGAAACUAGCAUAAUAAGCUACCAUUGCCAUUUAUUGACUACUUAUUACUACAGAUUGAAAAGUGCUUGCUUGACUUUACCAAGCAUCAUAUUUCAUUUAACUAUCUCUAAGAGAUGUUUUCUUUAAUUUAGAAAAUAUUCGUAUAAAAUAUAUUCUCAAAUUAAAGAAAUUUUAUUCUGUUGUCCCUUCAACCCAUUUAGUAGAACAUGAUUACAAAAAUAAGUACUAAAUACAUGUUCUGUAUUUUAUUUUUGUCUCUUGGCCAUGGUCGUUUUUCAAUAAAUUAAGCUUAUAUCA